GAGAAAAACUCUAAUUUGAAUAGGAGACCUCAAAGUCAGGGCAAUAACAAGUCACUGCAGUUCUUCCAGCUGCUUCUAAAACAGCCUUUUCCCCAUCUUUACAAGAAUCUCCUUACAGGUGGCAAACUUUCAGUCUCUUGGGAUAACUUUGGUGAUAUGCAAGUAUAUACCCGUCCUGGCAACAAUCUGCUUUUAGAGCCAAGAAGGAACCAGGUCUUACCCUGAGCUGAGGGACCUCGUGCACAAAACCACCGAAGAGAAUAAACCUGUCGUGGGGGUGAUGCCUUCAGCAGCACCCGCUGCAAACACCCAGCGAAAGGACUUAAUUACUACGUACAAAAGCGCUUUGGUCAGGGCUGCACGUUGGGCUCCCCGGCGUGUCAGCGAGCAGCAAUGCAGCAGAACAGGCUGGCGGAUUAAGGAGCGAAACCAGUGCGAGGACAUCAGAGGCCAUCAGCUUGAGCAGGGAAGUGAGCGAGCUGGGUGGUACCGAGCCCAGCUGCCCGCAGCCUCCCCAGCACCCUGCGCCUCUGCAACUUGGAGCAAAACUGCUUGAGCAGGGCUGCCGGAGAGCACGGGACGCAGGGACCCAGCUGCUUCAGGUCAGAAUAUGAAGCUGUUCUAGGGGCUCGGCCGUGCUGUGACCCCAGCCCGGAGCAGGGGUGCAGAUGAGUCUCUCCCAGUGCUACAGGUGAGGGGCCAGGGACUCAGCUGUGAGCACGGAUCUGCCAGCACCCACGCAGCCUUAUCUCCGCUGGGAAGGUGAGUUAAUGUGUAACCCGGCUCUGUUUGGUUAGCCUGGAAAAGUAAAGAAGUCCUGGGGUAGGCACGGCUGGGACAAGGACUUGGGCAGCGUGGAACGACAGAUGAACUGCCGGGAUAUUGCCCCCCGCACCAGACGCAGCCUGUGAUAUGCCUAGGAAGGAGCUGGGGCUGGGGAUGGCUGGCUGCAACUCUGGCAGCUGCGACAGCGUGGUCAGCACAGCCUCCAACCACUCACAGCGUAGCGAUAACAGCUAUGACUACUUAUCUGUGGAAGAGAAAGAGUGCUUGAUGUUCUUAGAAGAAACUAUUGGCUCACUGGAUGCAGAAGCGGACAGCGGGGUCUCUACUGAUGAGACCGACUACAUGGAGCCUUCCAAGCUGCCUGGGACACAGCCAAAAAGAGACCCCCUGCCCCAGGAUUUGGAAAAGGGGGCUCCCGCUCCGAGCGUAGGUCAGCAGCGUGUGGCUGAACAGGGGAGUGCCAAGAACAUCUCUGCAUUCUCAAGCUCGACCCCACCAGCGGCUCCAAGCCCAGGCUAUCACAGUCUUCCAAGGAACAUCACUGUGGCAAAUGUACAAAGAGCAAACGGAGCUUCUGAGAGCAAAGUGACUGUCUGCACAGUGGAGAACCCAGUGCCAGGGGGUAAAUCACAGGAGAUGGCCAAGGACAACAGCCUUGACCAAGCCAACACAAGAAGCCAAACAAAGUCCCUGGGAUCUUUGGUUAUCCAACCUCCAGAUCCCUUCCAGGAUGACCUGAUGAGCCUCGAGUGGUCACGGAGCAAUCGCUCAGAUGCCAAGAGGGAAACAGCCAAGGAGACCAAGACUUGGACUAACUGGGGCCAGCCAGAGAAAUCCAUGGUGGAAGAGGCCCCUCAGGACCCAGAUGCCAAGCGUGGGCCUCCAACUGCCCCCAAGCCACGAAAAUUACCACCAAAUAUUAUCCUAAAAAGCAGUAAAACCAGCCAAGUGCCACUCGCCACAGAGCCUGGCCAGAAGGUAAAAGCACCACUGUCGUCCUCAUCUGUCUCUGCCAGCAACACCACUGCUGAAAAAGUGAAUUCGGGGCACCUUGACCCCAAGGAGAGGGAGAAAGCUCAUCAGGAAGCCUUGGAGAAGCUUGGAUUGUCCCAGGACAAGAGGGAGCCCAGUAGCCACCUUCAACCUACCAUGCAAGCCCAAACAAAAGAGAUGCCAUUCCCCGUUCCUGGAGAGCCCGGGGCACAACGUGGCGUGGCAGAGAGGUCGGUACCGGGCAUCCGACAGAUGAACUUCAAAUCCAACACCCUGGAACGCUCUGGCGUGGGGCUGAGUAGCUACAUGAGCAGCACCAAGGAGCAGAAUGUCAAGACCAGCAGCUCCCUGGGCAAGAUGUCCUUCAUCGAGCGGCUUGCCCCGAGCUUCCUCAAGAGCAGCCGCUCCCGGCCAGUUUCCCUUGGGGCAGGGAAGGACUUUGCUGGUCUAAAGGAGCCCGUGGGGAAGGUGGAGCCAGAGAAGAGCAGCAAGCGGCGAUCCCACCCGCUGCAGAACUUCCCCAGGCCACCCCGCUCCUCUGUCAGCGUGAAGAUUUCCCCCAAGGACACGACGGAUGAGAACCGGCGAGAGGCACUGAAGAAGCUCGGCCUGCUGAAGGAAUAGAUCCACAAAGUGGUGGGGCUGCUGGAAAAGGGGCUUUUCAUCCUGGAUCCAGGUACCACAACCAUAAGCAUCUUCUGCUGUGAUCUCCUGCCCCAGCAUCGUGGGAGCAGUACCGUGAGAGGUAUUCGGAGCUUCACACCAAAUAAAGUAAUGCCACAUGUACAUAGUAUUUUGUAUAUAGCAAGUGUCUACGAGCUAUUUAUAUAAAGCAUCACUCAGCAUGUGGAUGGGGCAUAUUCUCCUACAGGGUCAUUUGGGGAUUCGUCGCAACAGGGAAGCCAUGGAACUGAGGUUUUGACUUAUUUUAAAAGAGGUUCCCCCUGAAUAAAGCCUCUCCAGGAAGAACUGCAGGGCUCUCCUGCUCCUUUAGGAUUUGAUGGGUUUUUGUUAAAUUUAUCAAAAGCCUGUGGGGCCUGAGCACUCAUGUGCCAGAGACAAGUGCCUCCCGAGAGCCACAACUGCCAAAUAGAAAAGUGCCAGACCGAGGGGCACCGGAGGGGACUCAGCAACACCCCCCAUGCUCGAGUGCCCGGUCCCACCGUCACCUCUGCCUGCUCUCACAUCCAGCCCUGACACCCUGGAUAUAGCACAAACAUCCAGCAUGAAGUGACAGUGAAGAAGUGACAGACUGUGUGUUGGUGGCAGAAGUGCUGCCCAAAACAAGAGAGAGAUGCAAAUCUGAGACAACAUCAUUUCAUUCCCUCUCAAACUCUCCUCGCAUCUUGCAGACCCAGCUGAUGCUGUCAACAUUUAUGCUGCGCCCCUUUCAGAACAAAGGUGGCUUAUUUCUGUAAUAAACUUGUAUAUGAUGAGAAAAUGACUGUGCAACACAGGUUUACUCUCAUGUUGCAAUCAAAGCUCUGGUAAAGCUAAAUAAUGAGUUUUAA